UUAUUGUAUCAAUGCUCACUUUCUUGAGCGUGAUGCCGGCAUUGUGAUUAUAUAGAAACAUGUCCUUGUUCUUUGGAAGAUGCACGCUGAAACAUCUAGGGAUAACAUGUCAUGAUUCAGAUAGUUACACACAUGUCAUGGAUGUGUAUGGAGAGAGAGUACAGAGAUGGAAAAAUGUUAACAAUUGGUGAAUCUAAGUGAAAGGGUAUAGGAGGGUUCAUUGUAUUAUUCUUCUCUGUAGGUUUGAGACUUUCCAACAUCCAGUGCUGGGAAAGCGGAACCUGAUGGGGAAUUUCUCAGGAAAGGGCUUGGUGUUUCGGGCAGUCCACGGUGCCGAUUUGAUUGAGCUGCACAGCCUCUUCUGUCUGCCCUCACCAUGUGACUGGGCCCCUGUUCGCCUUUCUGACAUUAUCUUGCUCUUAGGCCCAUGUUGAUACCAGUCUUGUCACCACAGGUCUGUCCCCCAGGGAGCUGCAGACCCCCUAGCCUUCUCAGAAUGACCACGAAGGAAGAGGAGCAGGAGCUGGACGGUGAGGAGGGCCCACCGCAGGCAGGGCCUGAGGAAGAAGACGGGGGUGAGGCCUUCUCCUUCAAAUACAGCCCUGGGAAGCUGCGGGGAAACCAGUACAAGAAGAUGAUGACCAAGGAGGAGCUGGAGGAGGAACAGAGAGUUCAGAAGGAACAGCUGGCUGCCAUCUUCAAGCUCAUGAAGGACAACAAGGAGACGUUUGGCGAGAUGUCCGAUGGUGAUGUGCAGGAGCAGCUCCGGCUCUACGACAUGUAGGCCGCCUCCGCCUGGCAGGACGCCGUGACAGCUGGGUUGCGAGAGCUGAGCCGUGACAGCUGGGCUGCGACAGCUGGGCCACAACUCUGCCCCCACCUGGGACCCACGCCCUUGCUAUUCUCAGACUUUUGUAGGCUUCCCUUUAUCUUAUGUACAUAGAUGUAGAGAUGUAGCAUAUACAGAGUUUCUCAGAUCUUGCAGUUUAGAUAUCAUGUUACAGGAGUCAGGAUAGUUGUCCUCAAAGGAGAAAAAAACAUCCCUGAUCCUUUGGCUUCUGUUUGCUGGGGAGGGCCCAGCUGUGACAUGGGUUCCCCUUUGAAACUGUCAUCUGAUCCAAAUUAGAUCCUAGGCAAGCAGCUGCCCAGAAGGGCUGGCUCGAAGCCUCAGCUCCCCACCCUGCCGGCCCCCCCAACCCAGCACACAGUGUGGAAAAGAUUCAGGGAUGCUGUAAGGAGGAAGAGUAUCAGGUCCCGCUGCCCGAGUAUCAAGCCUAUUAACACUACACCUUCCUCUGCCUUGGAAGACUUUCUGGAAGCUUCUGUCACUGUAUGGGAGCAAGCCAUAGGGGAGCAUCUCUAAAAAGGUAAAAAAGUCUGAUUCAAAGACUCACCUUCCAUCCUGGAACAAAGCAACGAUAUCAGAGUUGGGGCCCUCUAAUAGUAUCUCUUAUAUAACCAUGACACUUACUUUAUAUGUAAUUAAGAUUUCUGUGAGGGCUCAUCACGCACCUAGACCUGUGCUAGACACUGUCAAUAGAAAUAAAAUAUGCAGCACAGUCUCUACCUUUAGAGACAUUAAAGUCCUAUGGAGGAGAAUUCCCUGCUGGUCCAGUGGUUAAGAACUGGUGCUUUUACUGCCGAGGAUGUGGGUUUAAUCCCUGGUCAGGGAACUAAGAUCCUGCAAGCUGCGAGGUACAGCCAUAAACAAACAAAUAAAAAUCAAGACCUUUGGAGAAGCCAGGUGCACAUGCAGGAAAAGAAAACCUCACCAGUUAGCAUUCAAUAAAAAUGCCAAAAUGACCUCAUGAAGAGUGUCUGGACCACCUUAGUGCAUCAAUAAAGUUCUGUGAGUCAGUGAAUGCACAGUGAUGACAAUAACAGCGGUUCUUUCAUGCUGUCCAGAUGCUGCUUCUGAUCACCCCACUGGCUGAAAAACCCAUAGCCAACUGAGUUAAGGAGGGAACGCUAAAGGGAUAACCUAAGAAAGUUCUUGAAAAUAUUUUUUAUUUGCUGAAAUAAAACUAAACACAUGAAAGUAAAAGCAGCAA